AUGACUGAGCGGAAGGCAAAGGAUCCCCGGGCUCCCCACGUGGCGGGCAGAGCGUCCUCCCCCACCCAGGUCGGAUCCCCUCUGCUGGGACGCCGGGACACAGGCCCCUUUCAGGCGAGCGAGACCUCGGACGCGUCGCCUGCAGCCUCGGUCAUACCCCUCUCCCUGGACGGGCUGCUCUUCCCUCGGCCCUGCCAGGGUCAGGACCCAGACGGGAAGACUCAGGACCAGCAGUCGCUGUCAGACGUGGAGGGGGCGUAUUCCAGAGUUGAAGCCACAGAGGGUGCUGGAGGUGGCACCUCUAGACCCCCAGAAAAGGACAGCGGACUGCUGGACAGUGUCUUGGACACGCUACUGGCGCCCUCGGGUCCUGGGCAGAGCCACGCCAGCCCGCCCGUCUGCGAGGGCACCAGCCCUUGGUGCCUCUUCAGCCCCGAGCUUCCCCAAGACGCCCGGGCUGCCCCUGCCACCCAGGGGGUAUUGCCCCCGCUCAUGAGCCGACCAGAAGGCAAGGUUGGUGACAGCUCCGGGACGGCAGCUGCCCAGAAAGUGCUGCCCAGGGGCCUGGCACCGUCCCGGCAGCUGCUGCCCCCGACGGCCGGGAGCCAUCACUGGCCCGGGGCCGCAGUGAAGCCCUCUCCGCAGCCCGCUGUGGUGGAGGUAGAGGAGGAGGAUGGCUCCGAGUCCGAGGGCUCCGUGGGUCCGCCUCUGAAGGGCAAACUCCGGCCUGCGGGAGGCCCGGCGGCCGGAGGAGGAGCCGCGACCGUUGCUCCAGGGUCGGCCGCAGGAGGCGUCGCCCUGGUCCCCAAGGAAGAUUCCCGCUUCACGGCGCCCAGGGUCGCCCUGGCGGAGCACGACGCGCCAGCGGCGCCCGGGCGCUCCCCGCUGGCCACUACGGUGAUGGAUUUUAUCCACGUGCCCAUCCUGCCGCUCAACUCGGCCUUCCUGGCCGCCCGCACCCGGCAGCUGCUAGAGGGGGAUAACUAUGACGGCGGGGCCGCGGCUGUCAGCGCCUUUGCCCCGCCGCGGUGCCCGCCCUCGGCCUCGUCCGCCCAGAUCGCGGCCGGCGACUUCCCCGACUGCGCGUACCAGCCCGACGCCGAGCCCAAGGACGACGCAUUCCCGCUCUAUGGAGACUUCCAGCCGCCCGCCCUGAAGAUCAAGGAGGAGGAGGAAGGCGCCGAGGCAGCCGCGCGCUCCCCGCGGCCGUACCUGGUGGCGGGUACCAACCCCGCCGUCUUCCCGGAUUUCCCGCUGGCGCCGCCGGCGCUGCCUACGCGAGCGCCGUCGUCCAGACCCGGGGAAGGGGCGGCCGUCGGCGCACCUCUCGGUGCGUCUGUCUCGUCCGCGUCCUCGUCGGGGUCGACCCUGGAGUGCAUCCUGUACAAGGCGGAGGGCGCGCCGCCCCAGCAGGGCCCGUUCGCGCCGCCCCCCUGCAAGGGGCCGGGCGCAGGCGCCUGCCUGCUGCCGCGGGACGGCCUGCAGUCCACCUCAGCCUCGGCCGCCGCCGCCGCCGCCGCCGCCGGGGCGGCCCCAGCGCUCUACCCGCCGCUCGGCCUCAACGGGCUCCCGCAGCUCGGCUACCAGGCCGCAGUGCUCAAGGAGGGCCUGCCGCAGGUCUACCAGCCCUAUCUCAACUACCUGAGGCCGGAUUCAGAAGCCAGCCAGAGCCCACAGUACAGCUUCGAGUCAUUACCUCAGAAGAUUUGUUUAAUCUGUGGGGAUGAAGCAUCAGGCUGUCAUUAUGGUGUCCUUACCUGUGGGAGCUGUAAGGUCUUCUUUAAAAGGGCAAUGGAAGGGCAGCAUAACUACUUAUGUGCUGGAAGAAACGACUGCAUUGUUGAUAAAAUCCGCAGAAAAAACUGCCCAGCAUGUCGCCUUAGAAAGUGCUGUCAGGCUGGCAUGGUUCUUGGAGGUCGAAAGUUUAAAAAGUUCAAUAAAGUUAGAGUUAUGAGAGCACUAGAUGCCGUUGCUCUCUCACAGCCGGUGGGCAUUCCAAAUGAAAGCCAAGCCCUAAGCCAGAGAAUCACUUUUUCACCAAAUCAAGACUUACAGUUGGUCCCCCCGCUGAUCAACUUGCUCAUGAGCAUUGAACCAGAUGUGGUCUAUGCAGGACACGACAACACCAAACCUGAUACCUCCAGUUCUUUGCUGACAAGUCUGAAUCAGCUAGGCGAGAGACAACUUCUUUCAGUAGUCAAGUGGUCUAAGUUACUGCCAGGUUUUCGAAACUUACAUAUUGAUGACCAGAUAACUCUCAUCCAGUAUUCUUGGAUGAGCUUAAUGGUAUUUGGACUAGGAUGGAGAUCUUAUAAGCAUGUCAGUGGACAGAUGCUGUAUUUUGCACCUGAUCUAAUACUAAAUGAACAGCGGAUGAAGGAAUCAUCAUUCUAUUCAUUAUGCCUUACCAUGUGGCAGAUCCCACAGGAGUUUGUGAAGCUUCAAGUUAGCCAAGAAGAGUUCCUCUGUAUGAAAGUAUUGCUACUUCUUAAUACAAUUCCUUUGGAAGGACUAAGAAGCCAAAGCCAGUUUGAAGAGAUGAGAUCAAGCUACAUUAGAGAGCUCAUCAAGGCAAUUGGUUUGAGGCAAAAAGGAGUUGUCCCUAGCUCACAGCGUUUCUACCAACUUACGAAACUUCUUGAUAACUUGCAUGAUCUUGUCAAACAACUUCAUCUGUACUGCUUGAAUACAUUUAUCCAGUCCCGGGCACUGAGUGUUGAAUUUCCAGAAAUGAUGUCUGAGGUUAUUGCUGCACAAUUACCCAAGAUCUUGGCAGGGAUGGUGAAACCUCUUCUCUUUCAUAAAAAGUGAAU